GUAGACCCAGUCCUCGCUCCAACGCCGGCCGCUAUGGUCCCAUAGUCUGGACGGCUCUCGCUGAUGAAAGUUUCCUUAGAUUGAUUUCCUUUUUUUCUUUCUUUCCUCACCCUCCUCUCUAUCAUCUCUCGCCCUCAAUCCUCAUCACCAAUUUCGGGAAUUCAGACAUUCUCUCUCUGGAAUAUCAAAAUCGAGCUUUCAAAUCACCGUCACGAGCAGCAAAAUUGACGCAAUUCGAAAGCGAAAGCGACAAUGAGAGGUCGCUCGAGAAGCUACAGCAGGUGUUCGAGCAGGGGGUCGGACGACGACAUCGACGACGACGAUGCGUACUCGGACUAUUCCGACACGUCGAUGGCGUCGAGCAGGUCUAGAUCUAGACGGAGCAGCCCGGGGGGGAGUGUGCUGAGCGACUACGACAGCUACAACUCCUCCCGGGAGCCAUCGCGAGAAAGGCACGUACCGACGGAAACGCGCAGCCUGCGGGCGGACAUCAGGACCAACAGCGGGCUGAUGCGGGCGGUGCAGUCGGCGGUGGCGAGGCUGAAGAAGAAGGGCGGGGCGCCGGUGAAGAGCAUCAAGCAGGACAUUGCGCACAAAUUCGGAGUGACAUUGGCGGGGUCGCACCACACGCAUCGCCUCCAUUCGGCGCUCAAGACGCUGCAGAAGGCAGGGAAGCUCGUGAAGACGCAGCAGGGCUACAAGCUCGUGCCGCAUGGCGGCGGCCAGCAGGUGAUGCGCAGGAGGAGGAGGCGGAGGCAUGGGCGCAAGGGCAAAAAGCCCAAGCGCCAUAGAAGAAGAAGAAGAAGAAGGCGCCGCGGGCGCCGCAAGGCGCACCGCGGGCGCAAGAAGAAGCGCGGCGGGCGGCGCAAGGGCAAACGGCGCCACAGAAGAAGAAGACGCGGCAAGAGCCACUCCGGCGUGUCGUCGGCCUCCAAGCCGAACACGCGGUCGCGCACCGCGGCCCUGGCCAAGCGCCGCGGCAAGGCUAAGGCCUCCGCGUCUCGCGCCUCGCGCGGCCGCCAGCGCGCCAUCGGCGUGCCCGGCGAGUCCACGCGCGGCGACUACACUCCCCCCGCCGCCCGCAGCUCGCCCCGCCUGCCCUCCCGGAACCCGUCGCGCGUCCCGUCCCGCAAUGCCGUCGCGCAGUCACUCUCCGGCGCGCGGCGGCUUUGACCCCCGCGAGACGCCCCCCAGCCGCGACUCGCCGGGCCCCCACGUCCGGAACUCUCUGGACGACGACUUCGACCAGUGAACGUUAAACCUUCAAGACGAGCCCCGCGUCCAUCAUCACCACCACCACCCCGACCUUCAUCCUCCUCCUCCUGCUCCUCAUCAUCAUCCCCAUCAUUCAUCGCGACCCAUUUUCUGUGGAGGCCUGGACGACGAGGAAUAUUCCAGGCUCGAACUCCCUCAAGACAUGAAUUCCAAGAUCAUGGCCGACGUUUGGCAUCCCAUUUGCGAGAGCUUUCACAAGGAAUAUAUUUGAUCCGGUCGGUCGCCCUUCCGCCCUCGCGGCCAUGAAUGCCAUGGACGACGACGACGACGAGCAGCGUCGACCCGAUCACACCUGACACUACGCGAGCGAGCGAGUGAGCGAGCGAGCGCAAUUUCGUUUCUUUCAGUUUUAAUAAGAGGCCCCUCUCUCUCAAUCUCGACGAGAAAUCCUGUUGGGAGCGAAGGGAGGAGAAGAAGAACAACCGCGACGAUGGAGAACGGCGACAAUCGCUGGCGAUUCAUUUCGACCGAAGCCAGAACUUCCACAUUCGUAGAUAAAAUCUGUUCGACUCCAAAAAAAUUUGUCCUGUCGUAGUAGCACUGAAAGACUUUUCUUCAGACUGCUCUUGAACACCUUUAAGUGUAAUGCUUGGCUGUACUACGUGCGUUUUCGCGUUCUUUCCUUAGUCUAUUCAGAUCGAUCAAAUCGAUUGAUGGGACUUUCUACAAGAGCCUAUGCGUCCUGUAUAUAUCGAUUCAUACAGAUAUCGUCAGUCUGUUGCGGUGGCUGUAUGAAGGCUGCUUGGGCCGCCUCGCGCCGAGGAACUCUUUCCAAGGAUAUGCCGCUGCAGCUUCCUUUGGAAAUCCAUCUGCUGAGUCUCGAGAGUACGUCACGGCUGCCAUUUAGUCCAAGAAUACGUAGACCUCUAGCUCGGGAUUCGAUGCGGAGGCCGGGGCCAGAUUACCGUAGUUUGACUGUCCAAGAAUUUGAUCAGACAUGUACAUGAACACUGUUAAUUUCAUAUUCUUUUAUAAAUUCUUGUAUGCGAACAUUGAGGUCAA